GCGACCAGCUCUUCCGAGCCACUCAGUACACAUGCAUGUUGCUUAGCUAUUUAAUAGAGCAUAAGGCUGAUAAAGAGAAGCUGGUAAUGAAACUCAAGCAGUUGGAAUCUAGCAUGAGCUCUGGCCGGAAAAGUAAGUACCUGCUGUCUAGAGGGAUAAGUCCUUCUUCACUUGCUCCUUCCAGCAAACCAGCUCCUGGCCUUGCGUUUUCUGUAGUUAACUUACCUUGAGCCACAAAACCUCUUUUAGUAUAUUCACAAAAUUGUCAGUACACCUUAUCCCUGCCUUGGCCUGCCAGCUAGAUAGGGCCAAUUAGACAUUUAUUACGUCCUCGGCCUCCUCUCCCAUUAGGCAAUCUGAAUUAUCACUGAGAGAACUAGAGGAAAUGAGUUAACAGUCAGCUGUUGCUGCAGAGAUCAGGUUGUCAUCUCUGUUCAAGGACAGAGCACAGAGUUACGAUGCAAGGAUGGCUUACUGCGCUCGCGUUACUCCUUCCAGCUAAUGGGUUGAAACAGCCUAACAUUAAAGAUCAUCAUCCCAAUAAAAUCACCUCUGAAGGACCAUCCUGCAAUAUGGCUUUUUAUAUCCUACUUCGCAUAUUAAUUUUCUUUAGCAUUUAUACUCUACUAAAUCAUAUACCCUUCCAUACUUUUCUCAUAGUCUAACCAUUUGCAUCAGUUCACUCUGAGUCACAGUUGCAUCUAUUAUGGUUAUGCUCUUGCUGUGGUUGUAUUGCUUGCUUUCACGUUGAUCUUACACCUACUUAUCAAUUGCUCAAUCCUGGAACAACUUCAAUAUAUGAGGCAAAUAUUCUAAUUUAAUGUGUUACCAUGGAUUUGUUUUAUUAUUCCAGUUAGCUCCAGAGUAUGAUAAUUUCUAGCAGAGAGGCCAACUGGUUUAUCAGCACAGCCAUAAUUCUCUUGCUUCUGUUAAACAAAUCGCUAAUAGACGUCAGGCCUAAAUUCAGGACUUACAGUUCCACUAAGCUCUGGUGCUGCCAACAUCUGUCACUGUGACAGUGCAGCAGGUUCGGGAAAUUAUUUUGCAUAAUAUUGUAUUAACAUUCUGGGGCGAAACCUAAACUGUGCAGCAGAUGAAGUCAGGCUUGCCAUAUAUUAUACCUUGAAACGGAAUAUACUGUUCCUGUUUGCAGGGACACACGUGUACCUCUGACAAAUUCAUGGCUGAGGAGGGACUUGCAUCUCAGUGUGCUCGGCAUGUGAACCGCCAGCUUUCACAGAAGCUUAGGAAAGGUGCAGCUUAUGGUCGCAACAGGGUUAGUGCAGUAACAUCUCCUGCCCUCAGAGUGUUCAGACUGGGCAACAUGGUACACGCCUUGGUAGCAGCCAGGAGAACUACACAGCUGCCAAAUGUGGUCCCUCGCUUCUGCCUUACAGCCUCCAACCUGACCCGUGCCCUCUACUUCGUCUGCGAUGCGGUCCUGUGGUUGAAGAGCGUUGGGCUCCAACCUGACAUUGAUAAGCCAAAGUGGCGGAAUUGGGCUACCAAGUGUUACUACUUUUCAAUCCUGAUGAAUCUAGCCAGGGAUGGGUAUGAGAUCUCCUGGAGGCUGGAACAAGCUGUACAGGAAGAAAAGACAAAGGAGAAUUCCUUCUGUGACAAACACAAUCAGGAACUAAACUGUGUGAAAUGUGAUGGUUUGCAUGGUUUUCUCCUGCUGUUUCAGAUACUGAAAAGACAUCCUCCUUUGCUUCUGGACUUGGUGAAGAAUCUCUGUAAUCUCUCAGGUCCUUUGGAUACACUAGGGAUCUACAAGACCAACCCUGGAGUGAUUGGUUUCUGUGGCAUCCUCUCCUCCCUGGUGGGGAUCCUCACAUUAGCAAGCCCACAUCUGAAGCUGAAACAGUGACGUAAAAGGAGCUGCACAGUACGCAGUGAGCCAACAGCUUUGAUCCUCUGAUAGGUUUUUAUCCUCCAUAUGGCACUUUCAAAAUGAACAUGUCUCACAGUAACCUCAAGAUUAAUUUUGUCCUCUGAAUAAGUGAAUUCUACCCUUUUUCCCUUCCCUGUGUCUUUGCAGAUGAGUUUGGUGCCAUGAUGGAGUGGAGAUGGGAGAAGGCAGAGUAAUAUUUCACAAACAGAAACGGGACUUGGAACAUGGCUGCUAGAUAAGGAAAUACUGAUGUUCCUAUAUUUUAAUACAGGGUUGUGAAAUAGCUGCAUAGACUAAUAGGUAUAUGGCUCAUAACUAAUCAUGUUUACACUGGAAAGUGGGAACUCACCAAUCAAAGGUUUCUACAGUCAGAUUUUCUGUAGUGGGCUCAGGCAAGUUAGGAGCUGCGGUUAAAAUGGCCUGAAGUCAAGUAUGAGUGUUCUGAUGGGUUUGGGUUGAUGGAUCCUGUUAUCUAUAGGCAGUGGUUUGAACGCAGUGUGAUGGUAACUGAAGAGUGGUAUGACCUGAUCUUCCUGUGAUCUCUGUGUGAUGUGCACUGGUGAUGUUGGAUCUGUAGUCUAGCGAGUGGCAACUUGUGUCCCAGGAAAUCAGCACUUUCUUCUUUUUCUUCCAUAAUGUGAGUCAAGGACCGUUGGCCACUGAGUCUGACUUCUCCAGCAGGCCACAGCUGAGGGUUUUGGUGAAGGACAGCAUGUGGGAGAAGCUUGUCUGAGUGCUGAUGAUGCUGUGAUUUGUAGGGAACUGGGUUUCCAAAGCUGUGAAUCUGGAACCACUCACAAGCACUAAAUUUCCCAUUACACACGCACCUUAACUCCCAAACCCCUAUGAUUCCAAGUGCAACAAUUUUCCAUUAAUCAUAUUGUGAUAAUUUUAUGUGAAAAGAAUGCAGUAUAAUAAGGAGAUUUGGAACCUGCAGUUAAGGAGAGAAGCCUGGCUCAGAGCUCGUUGAGUCAGAAAAACUGCAAGGUGGUGUUUCUAGUUGUGUAAGCUCCUGGAGGGAAGGGAAUGGAGUUGGUAGUGAUAAUAUCGGAAUCCCUUGUGAAAAGAAAAGCUUAUUACUGGAUUUGGGCAUUCAUGGUUUAGAUUUUCCUAUCCGGUCCUCCCUAUCUUCCCCUCUCAUGACCACAAGAUUUCUUGUGUGAUCCCUCACUGGUUGAAUGGGUUCUACCAUUUGAAAAUGUCUUACGUUUGCCCUGCAACUGCAUUAUUGCUCGUUUCUUACCUUGCUGGGAAUGAUCGCCUGGCAGUGUAAUCUAGGUUAAAGGAGAAAUGCUGUGUCCAACUGUCUAACAGUUACAUCGUAUGCAGUCUUUGUUGCUCCUGACUUUGCAGAGUACCAGUUCUGACACCAUCUGAGAAAAAUUUGCACAUUAUAUAGGAGAUAAAAUUAUCAUUUUUCCUCAUCAGAGUUAGGCCUGUGUGUUCUGCUACUUUCUGGUGCAAGGGCUCCUCAUUUAAUCUGUCAGGAGAUGUGAGCUGAGACUACUCUAACCUAGAGCAAGGUACUCUCUUAUUAUUUCUGACGCUGUCUGGAAACAAAAAUUAAAAGGUGCUGGUCUCCUUUAUUAAAAGGAGAAGGCUGUGGAAUUGAGUAGGCAUGGUGAGGCAGUGCCCCAGUUUACCUUAAAUCAUUGUGGUCAGGCUUGGAAUUACUUCCAGUCUGAAUUUGAAGUGUUAGCCUGCCAGUGAAGUGUUUGAAAAAAGAGGUUGCUGGGCAGGAUAAUUAAGUGUGCUUGAAGACCAAAUGUGGCCUGCAGCAGCUCCUCUUUUUAAUAUGGGAAUGAGUACCAGUAAAAGUAGAGCGUACUGGCAGUUCAGACCAUAAUGGAGCAUUAUGUAUGGGAUAUGUUGUCUUCAAGGGCUUCCUCUCCUUUUACUAAUGGAUUUUUUUUGUUUCUUUACUCCAUUUGCUGUUGAGCUCCUGGCAAUGUGGGGCCCAUACCUCCCUCGGUCAGAUUUGAUCACUAUCUCCGUGAGUAGCAACAACUGUAAGGAAGGAAGAGGAGCCCUGAUGAUCUGGCAGCGGAGGUUUGGCCACCUUUUGUCCACAGAAUUUCAUCUUCUUGCGCAUUUUUAAUUCCUCUCAGGGGAGCUCUCAGAUACAAAAUACUUCUUCCACUGGUUUGCGAACUGAUUUCUCUUUUUCCUUGUAGUUUGUAGGUGAAGGGAAAUACUGAUAACAUACUGAUGUGGCCCCUAGCCAGCUACACCUCCCUGUGCACCGCGAGGGAGGAGGGUGGGUUUUUUCCCUUGUGCCAGGCAAACACCGUGCAAAGCUGUGAACCAGGCUUUGAUGUUUCUCUUGUAGGGACUGGCAUGGAUUAGCAAGUACAGACUUAACCUGGGAGAUGGGGCAGUGAAUUUUCAGCCCGUCUCAGCCUUACCUUUCCCAUUCUACAUGACUUAGGUUGGAGCAUACAGGAGUAACUCCCUUUGCUGGAUGUUAAGCACUGAUACUUGCCUUCUGCCCUGCAGCUGGAGGCUAGCGAUUUAAUGUACCUUAACAUUAUGUGACUGAAGUCAUAGAAUCACAACAAAUGGAGAAAAUCCUUUUAGUGCUUAUUUUUGUAUCUGUUUCUAAUACGGCGGUUGGAAUAAGGACAGCUGUUUCAACACAAGCAAUAAACCGAGAUGAGUGUGA